GAAAAAAAAGUUCCUACAUAGAUAACCGAUCUUCCCCAGCCCGAGUUGACGGUACCCCUUAUUUUGGCUUCGCGACGUCUCUAUUCACACCACCCGGCACAAUUACAUCUGAUCUUUCAAAUCCAAGUCGUCAUGUCUCCACCGACGAAUGCUGGUCGCGAGAAGGAGUCGAACCUUGCCCGACUCCUCGGCUCCGGCUCCGCCGGCAUUGCCGAGCUGGCUGUUUUCCAUCCGGUUGACACCAUCGCGAAGCGACUGAUGAGCAAUCAGACACGGGUUACUAGCGCCACUCAGUUGAACACUGUCAUUUUCAAGGAUAAGGCCACUGCUACUGCAGGCAGAAAAUUCUUCUCGCUUUUCCCUGGGUUGGGAUACGCGGCAGGCUACAAGGUGCUGCAAAGAAUAUACAAAUACGGUGGCCAGCCAGUUGCGCGGGACUAUCUUACCAAGCACUACGGCAAGGAUUUCGAGCAGGCCUUCGGAAAGAAGUCGGGCAAGGCGAUCUUGCAUUCGACCGCUGGCAGCUUGAUUGGAAUUGGCGAAAUUGUACUGCUCCCCCUGGACGUGCUCAAGAUCAAGCGACAGACCAACCCCGAGGCGUUCCGGGGCAGAGGAGUGCUCAAGAUUGUCGCGGACGAAGGCUUUGGUCUCUACAGGGGCUGGGGUUGGACGGCAGCCCGAAAUGCGCCGGGUUCCUUCGCGCUUUUCGGUGGCUCCGCCUUCGCCAAGGAAUUCUUCUUCAAGCUCGAGGACUACAACAAAGCGAGCUGGUUCCAGAAUUUCAUAGCGUCCAUUGCUGGCGCGUCUGCCUCGCUCCUUGUUUCUGCGCCCCUGGACGUCAUCAAGACGCGGAUCCAAAACCGGAACUUUGAGAACCCGGAAAGUGGAUUCAGAAUCUUGACCAACAUGGCGAGGCACGAGGGCGUUUCUAGCUUCUUCAAGGGACUGGUUCCCAAGUUGCUGAUGACCGGGCCGAAACUCGUGUUCUCUUUCUGGCUUGCGCAAACUCUUAUUCCUGCAUUCGACAUUGCUCUAUCCAAGUAAUAUCACCCCAGAGCGGAGGGAUGAGAAAGUGUAAUAGAAUAUGGGCGGGCAGUCGGUGGGAGAUCCUGGAGAUGUUGGGAGACACUGUUAGAGAUAAUUGUCUGGUGUUGUAUUGUGGACUCGGUUUCAAGACGGUUUUCCGCCCUGGCAGCAGACAUCGCUGCACUGUGGCGGGCAAACUGUGCUCCAAUUUCACCAUAGACUUGUAUAGUAGACACACGACAUGGCAAGGCGUUAAUGCUCUAUAUGGCGAAGUAAAUUGGCAACUUUGGGGCCUCUUUACCCGGCGCGUUAAAACAUCACGUCCAGGGCAGGUACCACGCGUAUGAAACCACUGCUGGAUGGCCGAAUUAGGUACCUACUAGGUAAUGCCUGUCGUAGAAGUCAGAAG